ACAAAGAUUGCUUUAGCAUUUUUUUCAGUUAUAAAAGCAUUAUGGUCAAAUGACUAUGUUGUUGUAACCCCCAAAGCAUUAAAAGAUUUAAUUAGUGACAAAUACGAACAGUUUAGAGGACAUAACCAACAAGAUGCACAAGAAUUUACAUUAGUAUUACUAGAAGAAUUAAAUAUGGAUUUAUUGAGAAAUAACACAACUGAAAUAAUGGUUGGAACACCAGCAAGUAUCAAAUUAGAAAAAACACCAUCUGAAUUUGCUGAUUGUAUUUGGAAUAAAUAUCUUCAAGAAAACGAUUCAAUUAUUACUCAUACAUUUAGUGGACAACAACAACAAAAAAUUACAUGUUGUGAAUGUGGAUAUUCAAGUGAAUCAUUUGAUCCAUUUAAUUGUAUUUCAUUAACAAUACCAUCUAUAGGAAGACAACGAGGGUUUGUACCAUUAAUUAUCGUUUGUAAGCAAGGAAAACCUAUUCUAUGUAAAGUGCUUGUUAGUGUUUCAGUAGAUAUAAAUGAAAUUAAAAAUCAAAUACCCAAAGCAAUUGGAAAUCAAGAAAUUAAUAUUUGUAUAGAUCAAUUAGCAUUUUAUGUAUUACAAAAAAAUGGAAAAGGAAAAAAAAGAUUAAUAAAUGAAGGGAAAUUAAGUUUGAUUAAUUAUGAUAAGAUUGUUGGGUAUGAAAUUGAUUCAAGUAAAGAAAUUAAAGUUAUUAUCUUUAUUAGAGUUAUAAAAAAUGAAAAUGUUGUUGUUCUUCAUAAUAUUCCAUUUCUUAUUUGUAUUGAACAAAAUUGUACAAUUAAAGAAUUAAAAAGAAAAAUUGAAAAACGAAUGGAAUGGAUGAAAAUGGAGAAUAAUAGAAUUUGUAUUGUUGAUGAAGAAGGAAAACAAUGUAAACUUUGUGGAGAACGUAUUGGAUGUACGGGAUGUAGUUUAAAAGAAGAUAUGAAAUUAGAAGAGUUAAUAACAAAAACAAAAGAGUUAUAUGUUAGUUAUGAUUGUGAAGAAAAUGAUAUUAUUGAUGAACAAAUCAUUUGUGAAAGUUAUAAAAUUACAAAUAAUCAAAGAUUACAAACUACUGCAGUAAGUAUAUUUGCAUGUUUAACGUUAUUUACUCAUGGUGACUCAUUUGAAACUAUUGAUUGGUUUUGUGAUUCUUGUAGGAAAAAUGUUAAAGCAGAAGUUGAUGUUACAAUUUGGCGUCCACCUCAAGUUCUUAUUUUUCAAUUAAAAAGAUUUGAAUUUACAGAGAAAUAUGAACAAAUUAAAACUUAUGAACGUGUUGUAUUUCCUCCUUUUAAAUUUGACCUUAAAGAAUAUGUUUCAAAUACAAGUUUUAAAGAACCAAUUCUUUAUGAUUUAUUUGGUAUUGUUAACCAUCAAGGAAAAAUAGAUAAAGGACAUUAUUACGCUGACUGUAAAGUUGGUACUGAUUGGUAUAGAUUUGAUGAUGAAAAAGUAACUAAAUUAGAAGAGGUGCCAACUGGUUCUGAUGAUGCUUAUGUAUUGUAUUAUC